ACGCUAAAGAGACGGACACGUGAUUCCCGCUAACUGGAAAGCAAGAUGGCGGUGGCUGUGCGGAGCUUGCAGGACCAGCUCGAAAAAGCCAAAGAAGGCUUGAAACAUGUGGACGAUAAUAUUCGUAAACUGACUGGACGGGACCCCAAUGAGUCACGACCGGGUCAACUCCGUCGACUCAGCGGCCCCAUGGCAGGCCUGGCAGGAGGUAGAGGCAGAGGAAUCAAUCUUCUCAGACGCAGUCUCUCAGAUAUGGGAAGCGGCGGCCCCCCUGCCAAACAAAGGGACAUCGAAGGAGCUCUGCUGAGGCUGGCAGGGGAUCAGAGGGCCAGGAGAGACGUGCGACACGACAGUGAUGCCGAGGAUGAUGACGAUGUCAAAAAACCGGCGUUGCAGUCGUCUGUUGUAGCUACCUCUAAGGAGAGAACACGCCGAGACCUCAUUCAGGAUCAAACCAUGGAUGAGAAGGGCAAACAGAGGAAUCGGCGCAUGUUUGGCCUGCUGAUGGGGACGCUGCAGAAAUUCAAGCAAGAAUCGAAUGACUCUUCUGAGAAGCUAAAGCGACGUUCAGAGAUUGAGCAGAAGCUUGAAGUUCAAGCUGAGACUGAGAGGAAGAAGGUGGAAAAUGAAAAGAGAGAACUGUUCGAGGAGAGGAGAGCCAAGCAGACAGAGCUGAGACUGCUGGAACAGAAAGUAGAAUUAGCUCAGCUGCAAGAGGAGUGGACAUGCCACAAUAAUCACCUGGUUAAAUACAUCCGCACUAAAACCAAGCCUCAUAUCUUCUACCGGCCUGGAAAAAUGUGCUCCGCAACUCAGAAACUCCUCGAAGAAUCCACAAAAAAACUCAAUGCUGUGUUUGAGGAAAGGCGGGAGGCGUUUGCCGAACAUUUGAGUAAGAUGGAGUUGCGUCCCCGGCGACAGCCGAACCGCGACCAGGAUGGCAGCUCAGCCACAAGGAUGGACCGCCCGGCGGAGGGUAAGCCAGCAGGUCAGGUAGAGAAGCGGACAGGUAAAAGGGGGGAAUCAAGGAGGGAGGAAGAGGAGGACGAGGAAGAGGAGGAGGAGGAAAGAGAGAAGCAGAGUAUUAGACAGCAGAUGGGAGGGGGAGGUGGUCAGGAGAGAGAGGAAGGGGAGAAAGAGGUGUUAAAUAAAAUAGAAGAGGUGGGGGAGGAAGUGAUGGAGGUGAGUGAGGAAGGAAGCAAGGAGAAGGGAGGAGAGGAGCAGAAGGAGAAGGAUGAAAAGGAAGCAAGUCCAGAGUCAGAGGAGGUGGAGGACAAACUGGAGAAGGAAGACAAGGGUAGGGAGAAAGGGGUAGAAAUAGACAGGAAACAGGAGUCCACAGAAGUCCAAGAAGAAAAAACUCCAGAUAUUCACUCUGAAGCAGCUGUAAGCAGCCAAGACGUCCCAGACACAAGUGAUCAGCCCCCACAGAGCCUCACUGCAGAAGAACCGGCCACACAGUCCCCUGUGACAGAGGCUGCUUCUCAAACCCAAGAACCCCAAACGGCCUCUGCUACCCCUGCCCAAAAUCCAGUCACUCCCACACAGGAUUAUAUUGCCCCAGAAUACAGCUUCCAGAACCCCACAGUGGAAAAACAGCAGUUGGAAAGAAAAGUAGAGGAGGAGGUGCUCCCACAAAAGCUGCCUGAUUCCAAGGAGCUCCCUGUAACUGCACCUGGAAAGGAGGACAACCGAGGCAGAGGGAGAAAGAAGGAGAAGGAAGUGAGGAAACGUCAUAGUCGUAACAGCUCCUCCUCUUCCUCAUCUGGAUCCUCCUCCAGCGGUAGUUCAUCCUCAUCCUCUGGAUCCAGCCGAUCCUCCUCAUCGUCCUCAUCUUCAUCAUCCUCGACAUCCAGCAGCCGGAGCCGAGACAGUGGCAAGCGAAAGAGGAGGCCGUCUGAUAGAGGCAGAGAUGAGAAAAAGGAAGCGAGAAGUCAACAUAAGUCAGGAGGGAGAGACUCAACAGAGAGGAGGAAGAGAAGGAGCGAGGAAAAGAAGGGCAGGCCUUCCCGAAGUGAUAGGGAAAAUAAAGAUAGAGACAGGAAGGACAAGAGACGCUGAUUUGAUUUAUGCGCUUCUGCAGAAACGGAAAGGUGAUUAAAUCAUCAGCUGUUUUCUUUGACAUGGGGCAGCGGUUUUUAAACACACAAUUUCCGUAAAAUCAGUUGGUUUUUUUGUUUUUGUUUGUUUGUUUGUUUGUUUUUUUAGUUUUUGGUUCUGAUGGUCCCAAUUAUUUGUCAGUAGCCAGCUGAAAAUUUGACUGCUUAUUUCUGUUCCUCUUUCCCCCUGAUAAACUAGAAUUGUCACUGCAAAUGCGUCUGAUCUGAAGAGAAAAUGUUUCUUCCACCUCAUUCUAGAUUCGGUGUGAUAUUCUGGCAUUAAGAUGAACUCUGUGUGGCUAAAAUGAGCUGAAUGUCUUCAUACUGUUCAUACCAGGGCUGGGUUAUGGUAGAAACAACUAUUAAAAUUCUGUUCUAUUAAAGUUGUUGCGACUAGGCUAUAAAUUCCCAUUGAUCUUCACUGUUUGAAUGUCAAGUGUGAUUUAUCCUUAUUCUUAAAACCAUUUUUUGCUCUGUUUUUUGUACGUGAUGAUCGGCUUGUAAUAAAGGUGAGGUAUAAGCAGAAA